CGCUGUUUCCUUUGUUUUUUCGAAAUUUCUUAGAAAGGUGUAUUAUGCUAUUGCUGACCGAGACCGAAGACAUCUCAUCUUGCUCCUAGGAAUUUUUGAUUUUCUCCGUCUUUCGCCUCUUCUUCUUUUGACCUUUCUCUUGCACUUGAAGAAAUCCAAAAUUCUGCAUCUCAACAUUCCUAAGCCCUCACCUUUUGAGCCUUGCUGAUUCUAUUUCCUCUGUAAACGUCCUGAUCUUUGCCUUUUCAACUUCUGAUUCUUGGGACUUGUACCUGUCACCGUUCACUUUUUUCUGAUGGCUGGUCGGUACGACCGUAACCCCUUCGAUGAAGAAGAGGUUAAUCCCUUCUCUGACCCAGCAGUAAGGGGAAAAACGUCAAACCAGUCAAACUAUGGCGGAGGUGCAUUUUACACAACUAAUCCUGGAAGCGUUGCCCCUGCUGCAAAUUCAAGGCUUGCACCUCUUAAUCCAGAACCCGCUGAUUAUGGCUUUGGCACAACAAUUGAUAUACCUCUUGAUAAUACAUCAACGGACUUAAAAAAGAAGGAGAAGGAACUCCAAGCCAAGGAGGUUGAAUUGAAAAGGAGGGAGCAGGAAGUAAGACGUAAAGAGGAAGCUGCUGCUCGAGCUGGUAUUGUUAUUGAGGAGAAGAACUGGCCACCAUUUUUCCCAAUUAUCCAUCAUGAUAUUGCUAAUGAAAUACCAAUUCAUCUCCAAAGACUGCAGUACGUUGCCUUUACUACGUUGUUAGGAUUGGUGCUGUGCCUUUUAUGGAAUAUCAUAGCUGUAACUGCAGCUUGGAUUAAGGGCGAAGGUGUAAAAAUUUGGUUUCUUUCUAUCAUCUACUUCAUAGCAGGGGUUCCUGGAGCCUACUUCCUGUGGUAUCGCCCUUUGUAUCGUGCUUUCAGGAGUGAAGGUGCUAUGAAGUUUGCGUGGUUUUUUCUGUUCUACCUGAUUCACAUCGGAUUUUGCAUAUUUGCUGCUGUUGCCCCUCCUAUUGUCUUCAAAGGAAAAUCCCUGACAGGAAUUUUGCCUGCAAUAGAUGUGCUGGGCGACCAUGUUUUGAUUGGAAUUUUCUACUUCGUUGGAUUUGGAUUAUUCUGCAUUGAGUCACUGAUCAGCAUCUGGGUCAUUCAGCAAGUGUAUAUGUACUUCCGUGGGAGUGGAAAGGCUGCUGAGAUGAAACGGGAGGCUGCAAGGGGAGCAAUGAGGGCUGCACUGUGAUGAUUCACUGUGUCUUGGGAGUGGCUACCUUUUGCAUGUAUAUGCGUUUACCCAUCUUUGUUGUAAAUCAUCAGUGUCAGAAAUUGCGUGUACGAGCACUGUAUUGAGCGUGAUUUUGUUUGUAACAUGUUUUCGUAGCCUCUUUCAUCCUUUAACAUGUGGUUUGUUAGCUUUUAAUUGUUAUUAUUAUUAUUAUUAUUAUUAUGCAGAUCCAUACCUAAAUACCUAGUUAGAAAGAUGUUAUAAAUUCGUUUGUUGUUGA